AUGAAGGUUGAAGUUGACUCAUUCUCCGGCUCGAAGAUCUACCCGGGCAGAGGUACUCUGUUUGUGAGAGGUGACUCGAAGGUGUUCAGAUUCCAGAACUCCAAGUCUGCCUCCCUUUUCCACCAAAAGAAGAACCCAAGAAGAAUCUCCUGGACUGUUUUGUUCAGAAGACACCACAAGAAAGGUAUCACCGAGGAGGUUUCCAAGAAGAGAUCCAGAAAGACCGUCAAGCACCAAAGAGCAAUUGUCGGUGCUUCUCUCGAUUUGAUCAAACAAAGACGUUCUUUGAAGCCAGAGCAAAGAAAGGCCACCAGAGAGGAGGCUGCUGCUAAGGAGAAGGAAAAGAAGCAAGCUAGAAAGGAGAAAAAGAAGGCUGACAAGGCUGCUCAAGUUGCCUCCGGUGCCAAGAUCUCUAAACAACAAGCUAAGGGUGCUUUCCAGAAAGUCCAUGCUACCUCCCGUUACGCGAACCCUAGCGCGUUGAAGAACACAAACACAAACCCAAUUCCAAAGCCAAAUAGCUCUGUAAGGGGUGGGGUGAUUAGUGUCAUGACAAAUGUCACCAGCCAACUGGCCGACCCGCAAAUCGACAUUGCCUUGACCUUGAUCGAGAUCGGAUACAGCUCAGACACCACGACCCCACUCAGCGGGCCCCACGUUGUAGCAAACACCCCGAUGAAUCCACACGAGACCGUCACCAUAAGUACACCUGACACCACGUUCAUGUUGUUGACAGAGACCAGGCUCACGGUGGUGAAGAUCAGCAUGAAGGAGACCAGCAGCACCGAUCCGGACAUCAGCAGUGUGGUACGGUUGAAUCGCUCGAUGAUGAACAGCGACACAACGGAAAAUAUCAAGUUCACGAACCCGAAGAAAAUUGGCACCAAGUACGGGUUGGUUAGACCGAUGGUUGCAAAAAUAGUGGUGCCGAAAAAGAAGAAGUAG